AUGCAGUCGCUGUGGCCGUACCAAAACUACAAGCCGGUCACCUGGGACAAGUACUACGAGCCCGACGGCGCUGAAAGACAACCAACGGUAACUUCUGGCGUGGCGGCCGGCGUGACGAUUGGCCUAUUUUUCGUCGUAUUCCUCAUCACGUUCGGCUGCCGAAUCUACAGCCAAUAUGUGGACAGCGUCAGCGACACGACUACGCGACGCUCCAGAAGUUCCACGACGCAAGACUCGAUGAUGAGCGAGACGCUAGCCGCCGAUUUGUGGAUUUGCGGUGUCCCGUCCGAUCCGCCUCCACCCUACGAUGUUGCCAUCAAAAUGCCGACACACAACCCAUUACGCACCGUUGAACCAACACCGAUU